ACUGUGCAGACGACGGAUAACGAGUGCAAAAUCCCUCACGAGGACAGCACGGUGCAGCUGAUCGAGGCGGGAUGCAAACCACCCCCCUACCCGGGCUGUGAGUCCCAGUCUGGGGAGAGCGGAGCUGCUGGGUUUGUCCCGCCCGACGGGGGUUUCGGCUGGCUGGUGGUUUUCGCUGCAACUUGGUGCAACGGAUCCAUCUUCGGGAUCCAAAACUCCUUCGGCAUCCUGCACAUGAUGCUGGUGAAGGAACACGCAGACCCCAAAGACGACACGUCACAGUUCAAAGUGGCGUGGGUCGGAGCCCUGGCGAUGGGCAUGAUCUUCUUCUGUUCACCUGUGGUCAGCAUGUUCACAGACCACUUUGGCUGUAGGAAGACAGCUGUCAGUGGAGCUACUUUGGCCUUCAUAGGACUUCUCAGUACAGGCUUUGCAACCUCCUUGAGCCUUCGCUAUUUCACCUAUGGUGUAUUAUUUGGCUGUGGCGCCUCCUUCGCCUUCCAGCCCUCGCUGGUCAUUCUUGGCCAUUACUUUCGUCGACGUCUAGGCCUGGCCAACGGGGUGGUGACUGCAGGUGCCAGCCUCUUCUCCAUGGGCCUCCCAGUUUUCCUCAACAAGGUGGUGGAACCCCUUGGCCUCAGCAGAACCUUUCAGGUCCUCAGCCUCUUCAUGCUUGUCCAGGCACUGCUGGCUUUAACUUUUAAACCUUUACUACCUGCCGGAGGAGGCAUGGGACCUCCAGGUGUGGGCCCCGGCCCUGCUGAACCCCAAAACCCGCCAGGGGCUACCACCCAGAGGAUGAGUUGGUGGAGCAAGACCCUGGCCCAAGUUAGGAAGUAUUUCAACCUGCGUGUGUUUCACAUCGUCACUUACAGAGUGUGGGCGUUCGGAGUGGCGACUGCUGUGUUUGGCUACUUUGUGCCGUAUAUCCAUCUGAUGAACUUUGUAAAAGAGCAGUUCAAGGAGACUCAGAAGGAAUGGGUGCUGCUUGUUUGCAUAGGAGCAUCGUCCGGGGUGGGGCGCCUCGCCUUUGGCAAGAUCGGAGACCUCAUCCACGGGCUCCAGAAGAUCUACAUGCAGGUUGCGUCUUUCAUGGCGUUGGGCUUGAUGUCCAUUAUGAUUCCCCAGUGCCUCAUGUUUGAGGGUCUGAUUGUGGUGUGUGUGUUCCUGGGACUUUGCGAUGGAUGCUUCCUGACCAUCAUGGCUCCCAUCGCUUUCGAGCUGGUGGGGCCUAUGCAGGCUUCACAGGCUAUAGGCUACCUUCUAGGCCUCAUGGCCAUUCCCAUGACUGCAGGACCGCCCAUCGCUGGUCUCCUCCAUGAUUACUUUGGCAACUACAAAGUGGCCUUCUCUCUGGCAGGGGUGCCUCCCAUGGUUGGGGGUGUGGUGCUGUUCUUUGUACCCCUGAUACACCGCAGGCUGCAGAAAAGCCAAGCAGCACAGCUGACAGAAGAUGCAGGCACCACUACCCACAUGUUGCCCUCUGCCCCUCCAGCAGAGGAAACCAAGAGCUGCUCCAAUGGAGACAUGCUGCCCGGCUAUACAGACGUUGAGACACACAUCUAAGAAGCACCAUACAAAGGGAUUCAGUCCACCAGCACCUUUUGCCCACCCUUACGUUGCCAUCCCCUCAUAUAGAGAUCUGCUCCAGUCUUCUCAACCUCAUCCAUGGACUUCCUGUUGGCCGAUUUUUUAUAUAU